AUGACUGCCAAUCCCAAUUGCCCUGAAAUUUCUGAGGCUUUGCUACCACAUCAGAAAGCUGUUGAUUGUCCAAAUUUGGUUGCACGUGUUUUUGAGUUGAAGCAAAAAUGUUCAAACAAAAUACAUACAAGUACUCAGGUCGACAAAGUAGUAUGUGCUGAAUUGCCAGAUCCUAUAGAAGACCUUUCACUUUUUGAUACUGUUAAGGUGUAUAUUGUUAGUGGUCAAUCGGUUAAUAACAGGGAUGUUGUUCCGUACAACGCUUACCUUUCUAGACUAUUCAAUUGCCAUAUCAAUGUGGAAGUCUGCGCGGGAAUGAGAUGUGUCAAAUAUAUCCAUAAGUACAUCUACAAAGGUAAUGAUCGUGCAACAAUGGUGUUGGGACUACUAUAUGAGAUUAAGGAAUAUCUCGAUGCAAGGUAUAUUGGUCCAGUAGAAGCAGCUUGGCGGCUAUUCGGUCAUUCUAUGCAUGAAGAGAUUCUAACAGUGGUACGUUUGGCACUUCAUUUACCUGAAAAAUAUAAUUGCCUAUUAACACUGAAGAAUCAAUGCAAGACAUUGUUGCCAAGGCUGAGCAAGAUAUUACAACAUUAA